AUGGCGCAAGACGGAAAGAUAUUCAGCAAAACAGCGAAUGCUGUUGUGCACGCUCUAUCACUGAAGAGGUCUGCGAACUACAGUGAAACGCAGGCCGCUCCAUCCAUGGAGUCAAGGCAGGAACUUGACGAGAGCUCCCUGAAGAAAGUCGAUCUUGACGGUGGAUCGAGGCCAUCUCUUUUGCAAAGACAUUGGCGUUGGUUUCUGUUUCUGGGUGUGGUCUGCGUCAUUGUCAUAGUGGUUGCAGCUGUUAUCGGGGCAAAAGGAGUAUCGAGCGAUAUGUCGUUAGGCGCAACACCAUUCGAGGCACAGACCACGUCUUACAAGACCAUAAGCACCUCUCCGAUUCGGGACGUGGUUGAAACACCGCCGCCAACUCGGUUUCGAGCGAUGUGA